AUGUAGAUAUAGUUUAAUCAAAAAGUAUUUAUGUUUAUAAAUAAAUUAAAUAAUUUAUAGAAGAAUUAAUUAUUAAAAAAAUUAAAUUAUCUUCUACUUUUCUUCUCAGGAAGAAGGGAAGAAAAAAGAAGAUCUCUUCCAUAAAGGAGGUCAUGGCGCAAUUUUGAUGCCCUGAGGGCUGCCCCCUCACAGAGGAUGUGCCCAUUCAUCUUUACGAUUAAUUCUGAUGUUCCUUUUAACCAAAAGAAAUAUGGUAGGAAAUUCGAACCUGAAGCUGUCGAUUUAUUGUUCAUUUAUUAGAGGAGGAACCUUGGCAAUUGCCACGCUAGAGAAUCCUUUGAAAUAGUGUCUCAAACUUGGCGGAGAGAUCUUAUAGUAAGUGUUACUUAAUUCUUCGAAUCGGUGGGCAGAUUUAUAUUAGAAUUUUUUCGUUAGCGAAUAGGAUGCAGAAUAGGCAUGAAGGUUGUUGAAGGGAGUCGGCUGGUCUCCACCUUAUAUACUCGUAGUGAUCAGGAAGCUACGCCAGUAAAACUAUAUCCUUUGCAUGAAAAAGAUCAUUUCAGUUGA